CCACCCUUCACAAGCCCUGGUACCUACAACAGGCUUUCGGCGUGGACGCGGAGGAGCACAGUGUCAUCCUGCAGCGGGUCAAGGAACUGGAGAGACCAAUUUUUUGCCUGAAAGCAACCGUGAAGGAAGCCAAGGGGAUUCUGGGGAAAGACGUCAGCGGGUUCAGUGACCCGUACUGCCUGCUGGGCAUCGAGGCCAAGAGCCGGGAACCAGCCCACCCCGACCACAAGAAGCGGAUGAAGGCCGUGGUCAAAGACCUCAUCCCUGAAGACCAAAUCCAUCGCACACAAGUCAUAAGCCAGACCCUCAACCCGGUGUGGGAUGAGACGUUCAUCCUGGAGUUUGAAGACGUGGAGACGGCCAGCUUCCACCUGGACAUGUGGGACUCGGACAUGGUAGAGUCCGUGCGGCACAAGCUGGGGGAGCUGACGGACCUCCACGGCCUCAAACGGAUCUUUAAAGAUGCUCGCAAAGACAAAGGGCAGGAUGAUUUCCUGGGGAACGUGGUCCUUCGCCUGAAGGACCUGCACUGCUGCGACGACCAGUGGUACCAGCUGGAGCCACGGACAGAGACGUACCCCAACCGGGGACAGUGUCACCUGCAGUUUCUGCUGACUCACAAGAAGAGGGCCACCAAUAGCAGCCGGACACAGCCGAGCUACACCGUCCAUCGCCACCUCCUGCAGCAGCUGGUGUUUUACGAGAUCCUUCAGCACCAGGCCGGCAGCGUCACCUGGGACGGGGAGCUGAGCAGGCAUGCCAGCACCGUGCUGUACCUGCACGCCACACAGAAGGACCUCUCCGACUUCCACCAGGUCAUGGCGCAGUGGCUGGCGUACAGCAAGCUCUACCAGAGCCUCGAGUUCAACAGUAGCUGCCUGCUCCACCAGAUCACCAGCAUCGAGUACCAGUGGGUGCAGGAGCGCCUGAGGCCAGAGCAGAAAGCAGAGCUGGCCGAGUCCUUCCAGUCCUUGCUGAUUUAUGGGAUCUCCCUCGUCCGGAGGUACCGCAUCAUUUUCCCCCUCUCUGUCCCAAGGUCCACGGAGAGGCUCCAGUCUCUGCUCCGGGUCCUGGUCCAGAUGUGCAAAAUGAAAGCGUUCCAUGAGCUGUGCACGCUCAGCCCCAACCUCCCCCAGAUGGUCUCCACAGCGCUCAAGUCAGGCACGACAGAGUGGUUUCACAUGAAGAAGCAGCACCUCAAGCCCAUGGUGAAGACCAUGGAGGAGAAUGGUAAAGCCUUGUCCAGACUGCUUGUGGAGGUGAUAGGAGAUCUUCAGCAGUGCCAGAAAAUCUGGAAUAAAUUCUUCAUGAACGCCUUGAAGUUGGAUAUCUUCUCCAUCGCCUACCUGGAGCUGGAGAGCCUGGUCGCAGAGCACGUCCAGGAGCAGCUGCGCGAGGUCGACAGCAGCAUGUCCAAGCCCACGGCUGAGAGCCUUUUCCAGCUCUACCUGAACCUGCAGGAGCUCUAUCGGAUGAAGGACUUCCUCCCAAAGAGGGAUGGACCUCUGGCUCUGAGCAGUUUCCACCAGUGGUUCAAGGAAGCUGUGCCUCAGUGGCUGCAGAAGGCAUACACCAUCGCGCUGGAGAGGGCACAGAGAGCCGUCCAGAUGGACCAGCUGACACCCUUUGGGGAGCACAACAAGCACAGCACGUCCACCGUCGACCUGUCCACCUGCUACGCCCAGAUCGUGAAGACCUGGCAGCAGCUCAACUGGCCGGACCCUGAGGAAGCCUUUAUGAUCAUGGUGAAGCUCGUGGAGGACAUGUGCAAAAUCGCCCUGAUGUACUGCCGGCUCAUCAAGGAGAGGGCUGAGGCUCUGUCGCUGAGCGAGCAGAACGAGGGCGAAGCAGCCAACAGGCUCUGCAUCGUGGUGAACAACAUCAAGCAGCUGCGACUGCUGAUCCUGAAGCUGCCAUCACAGCUGGACUGGGCCCAGCUGGAGCAGCGCACGGGGGCCAUCAUCGACCAGCAGCAGAUCCAGCACACGCUGCACAACCAGCUGGACAGUGCUGUCUCCUGCCUGGACCAUGAGGUCCGGGAUGUGGUGCAAGCCCUGGCCACCAAGCUGGAAAAGGGCAUUGCCAGGCACAUCCAGGAGCUCUCAUCUUCCAAUGACACUCGGGAGCCUGAAGAUUCCAUCAUCCCGCUCAUGAAGUUCCUGGAGUCGGAGCUGCAGUAUCUCAACGAGCAUCUGGUCCAGGAGAACUUCAAAAGCCUCCUCGCUCUCCUCUGGCAUCACACCUUGGCCGUGCUGUCGGCGGCUGCGGGGCAGCAGGUUGCCACGACCCAGCGCUACAAGAAGCUGCAUUGUGCCCUGAAGAGCCUGGAGCUGUGCUUCCAUGCCGAGGGCUGCGGGCUGCCGCUGGAGACCCUCCAC